AAAACUUUAUUAAACUACUACUAAUACAGAAAACACAUAAACUAAAUUUAGGAUGAAGACCUUUUAAAACUACACUUCCUCCUCUCAAUUUUAAACACACCCAGUUAUGAAACAUUACCUGGGAUUCUUGAUCAAAUUACUACCUUUCAGGUAAUCUAUGCUUAAACUAUCAAGGGAGAGAGAAGUCUCUCUUGCACCACAGGCCCCCCAGGAAACACAGCUGCCUCCUUGUGUUUCCCUGUCACACAUGGCAACUGCCCGGAAGAAAAAUCUGCCAGUGUGACACUCUCCUUUCUAUGUCACAGUGCUCUCACCACCGUGCAUGGAUAGACUGCUCAUAGGGCUCUUUUAAGGAUGCUUUGCUACGGACUUAAAGAUAUAAGUUCAGUUUUUUAUCUUGGGACUACAGUCCCCCCUAUUUUCCCCUGGGGCCGAGGGGUCUAAAAACAGGACUCAUCUUCUUCCCGAAGACAGAGGGUAUCACCAUUCCCUCUUCAGCUCUCUUCGUUUCUCGCUAUUCUUGUGCUGUUCGAAGCUGAAACAGGUCUCCCUGGGUCACUACUGCAUCCCUCUAAAAUGCAGUCUCUAUUGCAGGAGAUUUUGGUUCAGUCCAUGGCUAACAAGAAAAGUCCAGCUAAAAAGCUACUUCAUCAUCUCCUCCUACCUAAAUAUUUCUUUUUCUAACAUUUCAGGUCUCGGACUAUCUCUUUUCUACUGUAAAUUAAGGAGGAGUAAUACUUUUAAAAAAGCUUUCAUUCUCUCGAAAGGGUUAAAAGUUCAGACUCUCUGGACGGCCGAUAUCUCAGUCCUGCGUUCCGCCUCCCACGCUGGGCAUUUCCCCCUCCCUUCUCCUUCUCUUCUGCCGGCAGAUUUUCAGGUGCCGCCAGGCUCUCUGUCUCUUUCCCACCUGGGGGGGGCAAAGGUAUCUCUGCUUCUCUCUAUCCUUCCGUCCACAGGAGCUGGCUGGGUUCCAGACCCUCAGCUCCCUCGGCCUACCUGGACAAGGCCGCGUGGCUUCCCCUCCCCCACCCAGCCUAAGGCUGGGCAGGGGGGGAGUCUGCACUCUCUGACGACCAGAACUAAAAGAGAGAGUUCUCCUGGAAGUUCUUGCUUUUAACCCCCUGUGUUCUCAGAGGCGUGUCUAUACUUUCAGUGGUCACUCCAGGUGCCAAUAUCUAAACCUGACCACUGAUUGGUUUGACCCAACUUCCUGGAAAAAAUUCACUUCCAUGUCAAACCACGACACCCUAGAACACCAGUGUUCCUCAACAGCAGCUGCAGGCAGCAACCCUACUGCUGGGACAGCCCCAGAACCCUCCCAGCAGCUGCAGGCAGUGACCCUAAUGAAAAGCCCUGCCAGCAGCAGCACCACACAGCAACCCUAACAGCGAGAGCACACCGGAACGCUCCCGCUAGGACAAGGCAGUGACCCUCACACCAGGACAACGACAGAACCCUCAGAGGACAACGGGACCCCCUGGAGAAAGUGACAGCUUCUCCGGGUGAGCCUGAGCGACCAUGGAGGACACCACCUUGCAAAUCAUCGAGCCACCCACUGUUUCUGAGACCUCGGAGGAGCAAGCGCCCGAGGAGCCCAUCAAACCAGACCAGAUCAACGGUGUGAUGGUGCUGACCCUUCUGGACAAGAUCAUCGGAGCAGUGGAUCAGAUCCAGCUGACCCAAACACAGCUGGAGGAGAGACAGCAAGAGAUGGAUAGCGCAGUGACCAGCAUCCAGGGAGAGCUGACCAAGCUGACCAAGGCACACACCACCACCAGCAACACGGUCAACAAAAUGCUGGAGAAGGUGCGCAAGGUGAGCGUCAACGUGAAAACGGUGCGGCAGAACCUGGAGAAGCAAGCCGGGCAGAUCAAGAAGCUGGAGGCCAACGAAGCAGAGCUCCUGAAACGCAGGAACUUCAAAGUCAUGAUCUAUCAGGAUGAAGUGAAGCUCCCAUCUAAACUGAGCAUCAGCAAGUCCCUAAAGGAAGGUGAAAAGCUGGAGAAGGAAGGUGAGGGUGAGGAGGUCCCUGUGGGUGAGGACCACACAGAGGAGGACCACAUCCAGCUCUCCUCAGAUGAGGAGGUGGAGAUUGAAGAGAUUAUCGAAGAGUCACGGGCAGAACGCAUCAAAAGGAGCGGCAUGAAAAGGGUGGAUGACUUUAAGAAGGCAUUCUCAAAGGAGAAGAUGGAAAAAACUAAGCUAAAGACCAAGGAAAACCUGGAGAAGACCCGUCACAACUUGGAGAAGACCCGCCACAACCUGGAGAAGAGGAUGAACAAACUGGGCACUAAAAUUGUGACUAACGAAAGGAGGGAGAAGAUGAAGAGCUCUCGGGACAAACUGAGGAAGUCUUUCACCCCUGACCACACCAUCUACGCCAGGUCCAAGACAGCCGUCUACAAAGUGCCACCCUUCACUUUUCAUGUCAAGAAAAUAAGAGAGGGUGAGGUGGAGGUGAAAGCAACCGAGCUGGUGGAGGUUGGUGGAGAGGAAGGAGAAAAUUCAGAUCUGAUGCGUGGGGAAAGCCCCGACAUGCACACCCUGCUGGAGAUCACGGAGGAGACUGAUGCGGUACUGGUGGACAAGAGUGACAGCGAGUAGGACGGGCUGCAGAGCACAAGGGUUGUGGAUGACAGCUGAACACAAUAUCACUCACAUUUCAAGCUCUCCCUGCCCUGGAGCCCCAGGGAAGUGUACACAAUGCAUCCUUCUUACCCUGCAGAGCCAAUGCCGAUCCCCUGCCUGCUUGUACAAGGUGUAUUUUAUAUUUUAGUUUUAGCACAUAAACAUUAAGAACACGGAACUGUUUUUCUUACACUACUAAAUCACCCUCAGAGAUCAUUCCUGCUGCAGCCUUCUUGCCCCACACCCAAAGAUGUGCUUUGAGUGGCAGGGCCAUGACCCAGCUGGAGAGUGCUGAUCCCAAGAAGCUGUACAGCUGAAAGUUCAAGAGACCUCUAUAAGAAAAUCUCGGUGUCAAGAAACCUUCCUGCAAAUAGUCCACCAGCCCACACCACCUGGCCCCUGUGCCAGGCUGUGCAGCCGCCCUGCAGGCAAGAAGAUUCCCAGCACCCAAACCGGCUGCUCCUUCGGGGGACCAGAGGAACUGGGAUGCAGCCGGUGCACGGGAGGGAAGAGCUGAGCAAAUGCUGUUGUUGGGCAGCACAUGGCAAAGCUGAGCUGGCGUGGGGCAGGUGGAGCUGCUCCUCUCUGCCCUCCGAAGGACUGGGUGACCUUUGCACGAAGCCACCCUGCAGCUGGGCCUGCCGUGGGUGCCUGUGGGGUGUCACACAGCUGGGGCCCACUGCUCCUCCCCGCUGUGCCCCGAGGCCAUGGCAGGAACAGCGCAAGCUGCAGGCUUCCCACAUGGGCCACGGAUCUGCCAGAGAUCCAGGGUCCAUGGCGAGUCCCAGGGGCUGGAGUGCUGGAUCUGCUCCCUCCACACCCACAGAGGUGGUGGCAGCAGGCAGUGGGGUCCACGCUUGCUGCCCUGGGAGAGGGGGACACCCAGGCAGCGAUGCUGCAGCAGCUGCCCCAGCUAGGGACUUGUUUCCAGAGGGAUGUGGGAUGCACUGCUGCCAUGUGAGGCUCUAGACCAUCAGAAAGAGGCCUUGACACCUGUCUAGCACAGGACCUUGAUCAUUUCCGAGCAUCUGCUUUCUGCAGGGGUCCUGGCACCGCUCAGGCUUAUGCCCAUGCCCACGUCCUGUGCUUUCCUCCCUGUGUCUUGCUUUCUGCAGCUUCACUCCAUGCCCUGAGUGAGGCAGCACGAAGGCAGCACACGGUGGCUUGGGAGCUCUGCCUGGCUCAGCCCAGCUUGGCUCUUACAUACUCAGCCCCCACUGCAAGCCCUAGCCCCGCAUUCCCCAUCCUGCUCCGCCAGCACAAGGCUGCUGCUGUUCACAUAACCCAAUAUAUAAACUUGCUUUACCUUUAAGAAUUAUUUUCCUUCAAAUCGUCCAGUGCUGUCCCGGCCUCAGGGUCCUGCCACAGCUUCCCUCCCCACAGAAGGUGUGACCGGUCGGUUCCGUGUGCCGGCUGCAGGCAGCCCUGAGACACCGGUGGCCCCGAGGCUGCCUGUGUGGGGAGGCGCUGGGCACCGGCUCUUGGCUGCUGGUGGUUCCCAGCCCCGUGUGGGCCCCAGCCCGCAGGUCACCUGCCCUCACGGAGCCUCCUGCAGGCCCACAGCCAGUUUUCACGCGGGUUUUCUCUGAGUUGCGGGGCCGGGACAGCAGGGCCACGGCGGCAGAAGCCCGGGUGAUCCUCGCCUGUCCCUGGCUGUGCCCAGGCAGCAGCGCAGCAAUAAAGUCUCUUUUGUAAAUCA